CAUUGGUCUGCCUUUUUUACGGACAGACCUUUGGGCAGUCAACAGCUAAAGCUUUCUGCUCCCCCCCCCCUUUCACAAGCAUUCACAAAAUGGAUUCCCAAAGGGAACUUACUGAAGAACUGAGACUUUACCAAUCAACCCUUCUUCAAGAUGGCCUCAAGGAACUCCUGGAAGAGAAAAAGUUUAUAGAUUGCUCCCUAAAAGCUGGUGACAGAAGCCUGCCCUGCCACAGAUUGAUUCUAUCAGCAUGUAGCCCUUAUUUUCGUGAGUAUUUCUUAUCUGAGCAAAAUGAAGAGAAAAAGAAGGAGGUAGUUCUGGAUAAUGUUGACCCCAACAUCCUGGAUAUGAUUGUCAAAUACCUUUAUUCAGCAAGUAUUGAUCUUAAUGAUUCUAACGUGCAAGAUAUUUUUGCUUUAGCCAGUCGUUUUCAGAUCCCUUCUGUAUUCACCGUGUGUGUCUCCUAUCUUCAAAAGAGGCUUGCUGUUGGUAAUUGUCUGGCCAUCCUUCGAUUAGGUGUUCUGCUUGAUUGCCCAAGACUUGCAUUUUCUGCCCGUGAUUUUGUCUCAGAUCACUUUGUGCAGAUCUGCAAAGAAGACGAAUUCCUGCAGCUUGCGCCACAUGAACUUAUCUCAGUUAUUUCACCUGACAGCUUAAAUGUAGAAAAGGAAGAACUGGUAUUUGAAGCGGUAAUGAAAUGGGUCCGAAAAGACAAGGAAAACAGAGUAAAGAACCUGGGAGAAGUUUUUGACUGUAUACGUUUUCGUCUUAUGCCAGAAAAAUAUUUCAAAGAACAUGUUGAAAAGGAUGAUAUAAUUAAAAGCAACUCAGAUCUUCAGAAAAAAGUAAAGAUUAUUAAGGAUGCUUUUGCUGGAAAACUGCCUGACUCUAGCAAAAAUAAAGACAAGUCAAACAAAGGGGAAGUAAAUGGUGAUGUAGGAGAUGAAGAUUUACUUCCUGGCUAUCUAAAUGACCUUCCCAGGCAUGGUAUGUUUGUCAAAGACCUAAUUCUUCUGGUUAAUGACACUGCCGCAGUAGCUUAUGAUCCUCUAGAAAAUGAAUGCUACCUAGCAGCCCUGGCGGAACAGAUUCCCAGAAAUCAUUCCAGUAUAGUCACCAAACAAAAUCAGGUCUACGUUGUUGGAGGACUGUAUGUAGAAGAGGAGAACAAGGAUCAGCCUUUCCAAUCGUAUUUCUUCCAGCUGGACAGCAUUGCUGGUGAGUGGGUUGCCCUUCCUCCACUGCCAUCAGCCAGGUGUCUCUUUGGGCUGGGAGAGUCAGACAACAAGAUCUACGUAAUUGCAGGCAAAGACCUUCGCACUGAGGAGUCACUGGAUUCAGUCCUGUGCUAUGAUCCUGUGGCAAUAAAAUGGGGUGAGAUCAAAAAACUACCUAUCAAAGUUUAUGGCCAUGCUACUAUCUCAAACAAUGGAUUGAUAUAUUGUCUUGGUGGAAAAACUGAUGAUAAGAAAUGUACUAAUAGAGUAUUUGUAUACAAUCCAAAGAAAGGAGACUGGAGAGACCUGGCUCCAAUGAAAGUGGCUCGCUCAAUGUUUGGAACAGCUAUCCAUAAAGGCAAGAUUUUCAUUGCGGGUGGUGUCACUGAAGAAGGCCUGACUGAAUCUGUUGAAGCUUUUGAUCUGACCACAAAUAAGUGGGAGGUUCUGCCUGAAUUUCCCCAAGAGAGAAGUUCCAUCAGUUUAGUCACCUUAAGUGGAUCUUUGUAUGCUAUUGGAGGCUUUGCAAUGAUUCAGCUCGAAUCUAAAGAAUUUGCACCUAGCGAAGUCACUGACAUAUGGAAGUAUGAUGAUGAAAAGAAGGAAUGGAUUGGCAUACUCAAAGAGAUUCGAUAUGCUACUGGAGCUUCCUGCCUGGCUACACGCUUAAAUCUCUUCAAGCUAUCAAAACUGUAAACAAAAUGAUGGAAAAUGGGAUAUGGCGAGGGAGUUUAGAUAGGCUCUUCUGGUUUUGUUGCAUGAAAAUAUCCCCAAAUUGUUCAGAGUUUUGUAGCAGCAUACUAGUUAUUCUCCUAACUGUUAAACAGUUAAUCUGUCUAUCCAAGUCUUAAGAUAUAGACUAGCUAAUCAACAAGAGGUGAAUAUUUGUUAACCUUUAAAAUCCUGAAGAAUUAAAAUUGAUUAGAAUAAAUGAAGAUUUCUCAGAGAACUCUGUUUUUCCACUUAGUGGAAAAUAAAACUAGUUGCUUAUCCUUACACUCAGUCCAGGAUAGUGAUGACUUAGUCCCCAAACAAUGCUCAAGAAUGAAUUAACUGUUAAAUUAAGAAUAAAAUUAGCUACAUUGUACUAACUGGCUGUUUGCACAGCCUGAUUUCUCUCUUUAGCAGUAUAUGUAAAUCCUGCAUUCUUCAGCCAUAUUUUGAGAAUAUUUUCAUUAGAGCCUUCUAAAAAUAAUUAAUUUACCCUGAAAUUAAAACACAUAUUGAAAAAAAAAGUGUAUUAUGUGGCUCAAGAAAUACCGACCUCAGCCAACGCUGUACUAGUAGCCAGCCGUGAGGAAAGAGAGAAAAGUUUACAAGGUUAAUAGCUUUGCAGUUUCACGUAUUAUAUUUUGGCUUCUGGUAACAGGGAUUUUCCACUUUUUUAUGCUUUUGUAUUUAUUUCUAAAGCAAGUAUUUUAUGGAAGGUUUCCUCAGAGAUCUGAGGCCAUUAACAAGCAUUCAUGAAAAGUCCCAGAACAACUGAUCAUCUGCAAGCACUUAUGACAUGGAGGACUUUUCCACCUAAUAAAGAAUUGAUGUAUUUUGAUGUUUAAGCAUUUAACUAGUAACAAUUAAACUUUAAGACUCUAAAAAUA